AUGACCAAAAACGUUAUUCUUCCCUUAGCACUUUUUUAUGGGGGAAUCCCGUUCGUUAUCAUCGGAUUGAUCGCAAAUCUUUUGUUGAUACGAAUUGUGCAUAAGAAACGAGAAAUGCACACCACGACAAACUAUCUUCUCGUGAGUAUGGCCGUUAGUGAUGUCAUCACCGUAUUGCUGUGGCCACUGUACUACUUUUCCUUCGCAAAGUUCGUUUGCAAGUUUUCUACGCUUGCGGAAAUCAGCAUCAUGGUUUCCUCCAGUACCCUUACCGCGCUGGCGGUGGAAAGGUACCACGCGAUUCUGAAGCCAUUCGAAACAGGACUGCGGUUAAAUAAAGAUAACAUCAAGCGGGCAAUCGCUUGCAUUUGGAUCGCAAGUCUCAUCAUAUGUUUUCUGGAAUUCUUUCUUAAAGAAUGGAGCGAGACAUACUCUGGGUGUAUCGGUCCCUGGACCUUACAGAUGAAUGAAGCAAGCCAAAUUUAUGUCGCCAUAAAUCUCACCAUAGCCUAUAUGCAAAUGGUGGUUACGUUUUCUUGCUUUUGAUGCGUGAUUAAGGGACUUUACUUUAGUAGCAUAGUGUACCCAGAAACCGAAAGAGAGACAACAUCGGAGAAAAAGAAACUUGUCAUAACUCUAAUCUUGGCUUCUACAGGGUUUUUAGUGGGUUACACGCCAUAUCUGGGGUAUUUUUGGGCAUUUAAAGUAACAGGAAGUGAUAGAAACGAAGACUUUCUAUACGUAACGGAUUUCUUUUUCGUGAGCAGUUUUUAAAAGUCUAAGCCCUAUGAUUUAUGGAUCUCGAGGCAGAAACUUCCGAGAAGGCCUUAAACGAAUGCUGUUUCACUGGAACCCUACAACACACAACGAAACUCCUCUUGGACUGAAUAACUAA